UUCUGCCUUAGGCUGUGAUAGAAAUAGCUGUGAAGGACGAAGUACCAAAAGACGUAAAAAUGUUGAAAAGAAGAUCUAUUUCCCUCGACAAUACUUUAGAUACAGAAAGGGCUGCUCAGAUUAUCGUUAUGUCCAAAAAGCCUGAUCAUGAGGUAAUCCUGCAGAAGGAUCAGAAUGGUUUAGGAUUCAGCGUAGAAGGAGGAAAGGAUUCGCCACAAGGAGAUGUACCAAUUACUGUGAAGAAAAUCUUCCAAGGUGGCGUUGCCGAUAAAGAUGGUAGGUUGAAAGAUGGAGAUGAAAUCUUGUCAAUAAAUGGAAUAGAUUUCUCAAAUCUAUCUCGAAUCCAAGCAUGGACCGUUAUGAAGAAAGUUGAUGUAGGAACAACAAAGAUUAUGAUAUAUCGAAAAUGAAAUUUUUUGUUGCCAUCUGUGUGUCGUUUCGCCUAAUUUAAUAUUGUUGUUUCAUAUGAAAUGUUGACUUAUUAACAAAUAUAGAACGUACUGAUA